GCCUGCACGAGACGUCACACUAAACAGGGACAGUUUUUAUUUGGACCCAAGAUAAGAAAGCGGAGGACAACCCAGACGCAAUCAAAGCUGUUGGCUACGCAUUUAUUACGAACGGAAGCAACAGAGUGAACAAAUCCAGACAAGACCUUCCAGAUGGAUUUCACCCAUCCAGGAAGCUGAAGCCCACACCAGUUCAAAAACUUUUUUUUUUUUUUAAAUUUCUCAGUUUUGUAAUUGCUAUUGAAGAUUUCCCUUCUCCCGCACCCAGGAUCACCAUCAAACCACAUACUUGAAGUUCUCUAAAGGAUCUCUCUACACACAAGACUUCGUGAUUAUGGUUGCCUGACUGAAUGGUCACUUUGCAUUUUGCACGAGCUCCACAUUGACAAUGACCUCCAGCAUACCUACUUUGUAAAAAAAACCAAAACAAAACACUCAAACACCCAUUCCAUUGACUGCUGUGGCCAUCCUUGACUUUCUGAACCAUGUCCCAUCCCCUUCAUAACCCCUAUAAUUUUGGGAUAGAAAGUUCUGCGCAGUGUCGAAAUGCGCUUAGCUCUUCUGGAGCAUCCUCUGGAACUUCUGACACUACGUUGGGAACAAUUCCUUCACUGCGUGCUUUUCCAGUGAGCUACACCCCCCCACAGAGUAGUUCUAUUUUAGAUGGAGGCAUGAAGAGAUCUACAGAAAUGUAUCUUGGUCAAGCCAGGACAGAGAUGAGACAGCAGCCUGUUAACCAGGCCCCUUGCUUUACCAGCACUCAAGAAGACAAGUUUAUUUCUUCAACUGCAACGGUUGCCUCCAGUCCAAUGUGCUCAGCAUCUCAAAGACACUCUGAUUUUAAAAGUGGGCCUUGCUCCUUGGACUGGUCAACCUAUAAGAAAGUCACUGAAAAUGUUUCUUCUAGAUUUUUUUCAUCUACUUCACUGAGCUUCCAAGGCAGUGGUGAAAGAGAACAGGAUAUGCAGUCCAUUCCAGGCUUAGGUGAUUCUGACUAUCGAAUGCAAGAGAAACCUGUGCUCAAUACUGAUUCCAGUUACCCAAAGUACUCUUCACAAGAAGCUUCUAACAUCCUUUUACGUUUUGGACUUGAAAAAGAUGACUUGGAAUAUCUGAUCUCCUACCCUGAAGACCAGAUAACCCCUGGCAAUCUGCCUUUUAUCUUAAGGCAAAUCCGCAUGAAGAAGGCUGAGAAUGUUAAACCUAUUGUUCAUUCAAAAGCCUGUCCUGAACCUCAACCCACCCCCAGCAUGACCGUAAUGGACAGGUUCAGAAGGGAAGGGAUGCAACAGGGCGAAUUGGCACAGAUUAUCAAACCAAGUAAAGUGAUUGACUAUGGACAUACUAGCAAAUACGCUGGAGGGUUUGGCAGUGAUAUAGGAAAGAGCAGUGAAAGUAGAGCUAACAGUAGUGAGAGUGGCAGUAUGUUGCUCAUGGACACUUGUGAUGGUGACAAUUGCAAUAGAGAACCACUGCAAGAAGGUACGGCAGAGGUGAAAACCAGCACCUUGGUUUCUUCACAUGACCACCGGGGUACUGUUUCCAUUAAUAGUUCAAUGCAGAGCUAUGAGCCUCCUCCAAGCAGGAAUCUAACUCAACGAUUGCUGACUCAGCCACACCAGGCAUCUCAAGAAAUCAUCAGCUCUUUCUCUCUGCCAAAGAAAGACACAGACUUAAGACUUCUCAAAUUCAAACCAGUUCCUUUGAAAGAACCAGAGCCAGAUUGCCAUUUGGCAUUAAAAAUCCAACCACCUCUUAGUCAUAUUGCACGUGGUGUGCAUCCUGAUCAACCUGGGCUUGUGCUCAUCGGCAAGAAGGAUAACAGCUGCACCAAGGAUCAAAGUAAAAGUCAACAACAAGUGCCAAAGGUUGCUAAACCCAUAAACAAUCAGAAGAUGCACCAAAGGCAGAUGCAGCAGGAGCUAAAGAAACAGGCGGAGCAGCAGCAGGACCAGAAACAACCACCAGUGCAAAUGGGACAAUGCCAGUCUGCAAAACCAGCUACUCCUCUAGCACCUCAGAUAAUUCCUAAACCAGUGAACUUCGUUUAUAUGCCGCUGCCACUUUCCAGCACGCAGUGUCGUGCAGACAGGGAGCUAUCAAAGGUUCUGCCAGCGUUGGCCAUGAUGCAAGACUAUGCUGCAGCCACACCACAAACCUUUCCACAUACCUGUUCUCUGUGUUUGCAAAAAUGUACUGGUAUGAAGGAAUGGCUCCUUCACCAGAAUACCAGCUUUCACCUUGACAACUGCAAACUUCUUCGGAAACGAUAUCCACAGUGGGAUGGUAAAGUACUGACGUACCAAAGUGCUUCAAAUACAGGAAAGAAGUCCUCGUCCUCCACCUCUGGCAAAACUUCCCAGCAUCGUCAUCAGAAAACCAGGCGUGAGAGUCAUUCCCGUUCUCGCUCACACAGCCCACGUCGCCGCCUUGGUUUGGAUGGCAGAAGGCCUAAACAUGGAAGCUAUUUAUGCUCUCGCUCAAAGAGCCCUCACCACCACUACAGCUCUGGGGAGAGAAGAGAGAAACUCAGUAGUGGAUCACAAACGCCAAACAGCUCCAGACGUGCUCGCAGGUCCGAUUUAAAAAAUAAAUAA